CGCUCGGUGAACUUGAGGCAUUUUGUCUUUUAUCAAUUGAUGCGCACACCGCCUGUGACAGGCUUCCACCUCGGCUGUCAGCACUGUGAAAAAAGAUGCACCUCGAUAUGAUUCUCCUCCAGAUUGUUGCUGUGCUCUUCAUGCCAGGAGCAUGGGGCCAGGGCAGCAGCACCAGUCUUGGUGUGGUAGUGGAGGCGAAGAACAUCACCCUCCCUGCAGGGUCUAAGGCCGUUCUGCCCUGCCAUAGCCCUCGCAUGGUGUGGACCCAGGACAGACUGAAGGACCGCCAGAGAGUGGUGCACUGGGACUUGGUCCGCAGCAGCCCCGAGUAUUCUGUAGAGCGAAUCCUGGAUAUGUCCCCUGGAGCCCGCGAGAGGGUCUACAAUGGAUACAACAAAGGACGCAUUUCCAUCCCAGACUCUGCUUUCAAUGAUGGCAACUUCUCCCUCAUCAUCAACAAUGUGGUCAUGACUGACAAAGGAGUUUACACUUGUAAUCUCCACCAUCAUUACUGCCAGAUUCAUCAAUCCAUUCAAAUCCAGCUCAAUGUCACUAAGUCAGCUCGGAAAGAGAAACGUUACUGGGAUGGAGAGAAGACUGUAUUCGUGGUCUUACUGGGCAGCUCAGUGGUAUUGCCCUGCGUAAACCGGCGCCCUCUGUGGAGAGAGGGUCUCCAGGAGGACCAGCAGCAGGUGGCUCACUGGGACUUCCAGGCCCCUGGAGUGCGUCCUGAUAGGGCUGACCGGCUAGUGGACCUCUAUGCCUCUGGAGAGCGCCGGGAUUAUGGACCUCUCUUUGCCCAGAGCAAGAUGAGCGUGGCUGAGGACGCUUUUACAUUAGGGGACUUCUCACUGUCCGUCUCUGACUUGAAGCCCGUCAACAAGGGCCUGUACUCCUGCCACUUGCACCACCACUACUGCGGUCUGCAUGAGAGACGCAUCUUCAGGCUCACUGUGGGACCUCCGCUUCCAUCUGCGCCCACAACAGCACCCAGAAUUUUCCAGAAUGAUGAGCCAGAACCAAGGACUGAGGAGGUGGAGAGUCCACGAGUGGUGAACGUCAUCCUCCCCGAGCAUCGAAGUUAUUUUGUGCAGCAUUUGGGCUACUUCCUGGCAACUUUCUUACUGCUGGCGUUCAUCGUUGUCGCUGUCAUUGUGCUGACACGACGACGCAAAAAGAGAGGGCUGGAGUAUGAGGUGCGGAGAUAUGAACGAGGAAGUGUGUACAGUGGAGGAGAAAUGUCAUUAGAGUGCACAGAGCUGAGGACCUGUAACCAAGAAUCUCUGAAUUCAGAGUACAAAAACAACCUACUGAAAGAGAGAGAUAUGACCAAAGACUGCAAUAAGGACUUUGAUGGGAAGCUGUGGAAGUAAGUGCGAUAUUUCUGAGAUGCUGCUGGCAGGUCCAGGGCAAACACCGGAAGAGUAAGGGACCAUGGAGAAAAGGAGAAAAACAGGAGGAAACCCAGGAGAGGACAAGAGGAAUACUCCCUCUGCUGUAAUUCUAGCACACUAAGCUUUUUCACUAAAAGGCAUCAUCAUUUUUUAUGUGUUUUUUUUUUUAUAUAUAUCUUGCAUUUUAACCAGCUGUUUGUAACAAUAAGGUUAAGCAUUUAUUUGAUCCUUACUCCUUUGCAUUCAUUGGUUGGUUUGUGUUGAAUAUUAGACUUUUUUAUUAUGCUUUUUUUAAAAAUUUUAAUUAAAGUGCAUGCUGUUUAUUAAAGUAUGUUUUACAUGUACUGUGCAUGCUUACAGAACUGCAAGCUCACAGCUUUUCUUAAUUGUUAAAAUUUGAUAACAGUAUUUUUUUUUUGCACAAAUUCUGCUGUACUUCAAUUUGUAAAAGGUAUUUCACCAUGUUUCAAACUUAAUUUACUGUAUGUAGACAGUGUUUGGAAACAAGUAGAACACAUUUUUAGCUAUAGAUGGCAAGAAAUUUUACACACAUCGUGGUACUUUUAAUUUUUAUAUUUUUUUUUACAAAACUCUACUGUGGUGACAAAGUGACUAAAUUUCAACUAUUUUAUGUAUUUUAGAAAUACUGUAAUUCCCUCCCAAUAGAUCUAUAGUCUCUUAGAAUACAGGUGUUUAGUGAUUUCAACUUAUCGGCUGAAAAAUAAUGAAAUUUUGCAACCAUGGACUAAAGGCUCAGUCUAACAAAACUCAGGAAAAAAAACAACUUUUAACCAUUUAUUUGGUUUUUAAUGGGCUGUGCAGUACUUGUUUGCAUCAAGCAUGUACAAUGUAUCCUGGUUUAUAAAACACUGAACUUUCAUGACUAAAACUGCUGGUUAAUGAUACAUGUUGUUAAAAAUCUUCUCAGCUCUGUGAGGCGUACUGCAGGAGGAAGUGUCUCAGUAAUGCUAGAUCACAAACUGCAGCUCUAGCCCCUUUCUUUCUCUCUCUGUCUCUCGCUCUCUGUCUUGCUCUCUUGCACACACUGUAAUGUUGGUCUCUUCUAAUAAAAUAGUUCUUCUAUUAAAUAUU